UCGGCCGACGUUCAUUGCAUAUUCUUGCAUGCAAUUUCAUAACAAAUGAGACACGGUCGCGUCUCCUCCCUCUCUCAGACAGACCCUCCCGCUUUUCACUUAGCUAGAGUUUCUCCUUGCAGAUAACAUUAGUCUCCAUUAUGGCGAUACCGAUGGCAACGGUGUGGCGCUGACCACUGGUGCGAGGAAGGAAACAACUGGGACGCUUAGCUAGCUAGCUAGCUAGCCGUAUACGUUGGAAGAAUGUAACUGCACGAAGUUAAACAGCUACGUGAGUGUCUGGCGUCCUUCGUUUUAGUUUCGUUUUUAUUUAUUUUUAUUAAGUAGAAUUCGCUACGUAGCUACAAUAUUUUUUUCCCCACUUGCGGAGGAUGGAAGGUGCGCGGUCUGUGGUGUUAGGGGGAAACAGGUUGGCGGAGGAUGAUUCAUUGACGACGACGGUCGGGACGGGGACAAAUGACUCGGAAAAGGGCAAAAUAAGUGCCGUUAAGUUUAUGAAGCCCAACAGUGGACUGUCCACCGCUGCGAACAGAGUGGCAGCGGACGAUUAUGAUGGCGGAGGCGGGGAGUCAAAACCGGAGAGCGAGGGGCUAGCUGUCCCUUUUCACGUUGCGAUAAGCAAUGGAAAUCACCAAAUCCAAGCCGCUGGCGUUCCUGAAACCACCGCCGCGAAUGAUACCGCCGCUAAAACAUCCUCGAAUGCCUGCAGCUCGUCCAGCAGCGGCAACAUCAACUCGCUGCUGCUGAGGAGGCGGCGGCUGAAGAGGAAUUUCUCCGCCGCGGCCACAACUUCUGCGAGCUCGUCGGCCGCCUCCUCCUCGGGUGGGAAAAUGCACGGCGCCGCUUCGUCCUCGUCCCUGGGCACCAGGAGCUUGGACAGGAAGGUGCUGCUGAGGCAGCGCCAGAUGAUGCAGCUGCAGCCCUCGGACAGGGAGUGGGUGCGGGCCGAUCUCCAGAGGGGGUGCAUACACGUGCACGAUAGAGCCAUGCCCCCCUACCUUAGGCCCGUGCUGUGUACGCUGGAGACGACCGCCGGGGAAAUCGCACAUCGACUCGGCCAGCUCGGCAGCAAAGGAGGGUCAGUGGCGAGAGUGGUGGGUAAAGGGGCCCCCGCGACUGACUUCAAUGGCAACUGCAGUGGGAGAUACGGCUUCGGCGAUGCCCACCGCGGGGUGAACGAGAACGGCGGCGUCAAGUCUAACGGCUUGGAUUCCCUGGAACCCCCGGAGUGCGGGGACGAGCUGUCGACCCAGCCAGGGGACAGAGUGAGGUUACUAAUGCUGCCGGAUGACAACCGAAGGCUGCAGCAACAGGAUAUACAUGGGUUCGCGACCGACUCACUUUUGGACGGCCUGACUGCGAGCGGCAAGUCAUCGGGCAUCACUGUACGCUUAAAUCACGAGGCUAAUUAUCUGUGUGACGAUGAUACAGACUCAAGGCACAACGGGGCCGAUAGCUGCGGGCUCAACUCCGGUUCCGAUAUAGAUAGCAGCACUUGCGAUGACCUGAGCUCGGGGCCCCAACUUGAUGGCCACCGGGACUCCCUGAGCGACGCCAUGACCUUGGGGACAGACGUUUCUAUCCUGAGCCCGACGGUUGACAGUGCCACGGAUGGCCUCGACCCGUUCGGGAGCUCCUCGGACGAACUGGAGCUCGACUGCACUCCGUCUGGCUUGGUCAUCGACUCCGUCACCCAGCAGUUGGAGAGGCGCUCCGCGGACAUCGCUUCCACGGCCAAUAACAACAACGCAGUCAACAGCAGGCUCUGUGGGGGCGAACUGUCAAACUGCGUGGAGGACGGGGCCGACGGCACAACCAGUGGCAGCCGCGAACGGAUCAACGCGGGGAAGCUGCCCUGUAGCCGGGGCAGUAACUCUCUUUCUAGGCCUUUGACGGGCAACGCAGCUGCCAAGCGUGACCCGGCUUACCCCGGCCCUUUGCAAAUCGGUCGAGACUCCGACCGCGCGCAUUUCCCCCCGACUCUUUACGUGCAGCUGCACGGCGAAGCUGCGAGGGCGUUGGGGCAAGACGAGAAGCCUCUGCAGAUUCAAAAUGACUACCUCUAUAAACUCGGAUUUAAAGACCCUUGGAGGGUGCAGGACGAAGGCAUGGACACCGAAAUUGGCUGCCUGAUCCGUUUCUUUGCAGGGAAGCCGCACUCCGCGGAGGGGUCUGAGCGCGUGCAGCUCUCGGGCACCUACAACGUGCGCAAGGGCAAGAUGCAGCUGCCCGUCAACCGCUGGAGCCGCCGCCAGGUCAUCCUGUGUGGCACCUGCCUCAUCGUGUCCUCCGUGAAGGACAGCCAGACCGGGAAGAUGCACGUCCUGCCCCUGAUUGGGGGAAAGGUGGAGGAGGUGAAGAAGCACAGCCACUGCCUGGCGUUCAGCUCCUCCGGGCCCCAGAGCCACACCUACUACAUCAGCUUCGACAGCUUCACCGAGCACCUGAGGUGGCAGCGGCAGGCCGCCAAGAGCCUGAACGCGCUCCCUGUCUGCGCUGAACUCCGGGCCCACAAGGGGGGCGGGCCCAAACCGGGCGGGGCUGCCUCUCAGCCCCCCGGCACCAGCGUUCUCUGUCACACCUGCUCUCCGUGCACCCCGUGGUCAUGUGUGUUUUUCCCUCGCCCUGAUUGGUCCUUUUUCCCCUCCAGGUUCUCCAAGCUGAGAAGCCUCAACCUGUCCAAUAACCACCUGGGAGAGUUCCCCGAGGCCGUCUGUGACAUCCCCACCCUGACCGAGGUCAACCUCUCCUGCAACUACCUGACCUGCGUGCCCAGCGCCGUGGGGGCCAUGCACAACCUGCAGAUCUUCCUCCUGGACGGGAACAGCGUCCGGACCCUGCCCCCGGAGCUGGGCGACCUGCAGCAGCUGGGCUACCUGGGCCUGUCCUUCAACCAGUUCGGCCAGCUGCCGCCCGUGCUGCACCGGCUGGUCGCCAUGGAGAGGCUGUGCAUGGCGGGAAACAACCUGAGCUGCCUGGACCUGCCGCGCCUGCGCCAUGUCCGAGCCAAGCAGGUGGACCUGAGGUUGAAUAAGAUCCAAACUGUGGUUCCGGAGGAGGCGGAGCUCCUGUGUCACGUGACCCACCUGGACCUGCGGGACAACCAGCUGCAGCAGCUGGACGCCUCGCUGUUCCCCAGGCUGGAGGUGCUGCACUGCGAGAGGAACCGGCUCAGCUCCCUGAGCGCGGGAGGGGCGCUCCUCAAGGGCCUGUACGCCUCCUCUAAUGAAAUCAGCCAGCUGGAGGUGUAUCCUGUUCCGGGUAACCUGACCUACAUGGACGUCUCCAGGAACAGGCUGGAGAGCCUUCCGGACUGGGUGUGUGAGAGCAAGAAGCUGGAGGUGCUGGACGUCAGCCAUAACCACAUCUGCGAGCUGCCCAUCGGGCUGUUCUGCAGCAGUAGUUUGCGGAAGCUGCUGCUGGGCCAUAACUGGCUGCGGAGGCUUCCGGAAAGGUUGGAGCGCAUGCAGAUCGAGGUCCUGGACCUCCAGCACAACCAGCUGCUGGAGCUGCCGUCCAACCUCUUCCUCAAAGCCGACAGCUUACGGUGCCUGAAUGCUUCGGCCAAUAAGCUGGAGAGCCUGCCCCCCUCCAGCCUAUCGGAAGAGAGCCAGAGCAUCCUGCAGGAGCUCUACCUCACCAACAACCGCCUGACCGAGAAGUGUGUCCCCCUGCUGACCGGCCACACCCACCUGCGGGUGCUGCACCUGGCGUACAACCACCUACAGACCUUCCCUGCCAGUAAAAUGGCCAAGCUGGAGCAGCUGGAGGAGGUGGACCUGAGCGGUAACCAGCUGAAGGCGGUGCCCACCACCAUCCUGAGCUGCCGGCGCAUGCACACUCUGGUGGCGCACUCCAACUGCAUCCAGGUCUUCCCCGAGGUCAUGCAGCUCAUGGAGAUGAAGUGUGUGGAUCUGAGCUGUAACGAGCUGAGUGAGAUCACUCUCCCGGAGAACCUGCCCCCCAAACUGCAGGAGCUGGACCUGACCGGGAACCCCCGCCUCUCCCUGGACCACAAGACUCUGGAGCUGCUCAAUAACAUUAGAUGUUUCCGGAUCGAUCAGUCCCCUGCGUCCUUCUCAGUGAGCGAGGGCCCCGGGGCCCCAGCGGUGUGGAGCCACGGGUACACAGAGGCCUCUGGGGUGAAGAACAAGCUGUGUGUGGCCGCUCUCUCGGUGAAUAACUUUCGGGAGAGCCGGGAGGCGCUGUACGGGGUGUUCGACGGCGACCGGAACGUGGAGGUGCCCUACCUGCUGCAGUGCACCAUGGGAGACGUGCUGGCCGAGGAGCUGCACAAGACCAAGAGCGAGGAAGACUACAUGACCAACACCUUCCUCGUCAUGCAGAGGAAGCUGGGCACCGCGGGGCAGAAGCUGGGUGGCUCGGCGGCUCUGUGCCACAUUAAGCACGACCCCAUGGACCCGGGCGGCUGCUUCACGCUGACUGCCGCCAACGUGGGCAAGUGCCAGGCCAUCCUGUGCAGGGACGGCAAGCCCCUCCCCCUGUCCGUCAUCCACAACGUGGGAGUGGCCGAGGAGUACCAGAGAGUCCGGCAGCACAAGGCCAUCGUCACAGAGGACAACAAAGUGAACGGCGUGACGGACUCCACGAGGAUCAUGGGAUACUCCUUCCUGUACCCGUCGGUGAUCCCGCGCCCCCACGUGCAGACGGUCGCCCUCACGCCGCAGGACGAGUUCUUCAUCCUGGGCAGCCGGGGCUUGUGGGACAGCGUGUCCCCCGGGGAGGCGGUGGAGGCGGUGCGGAACGUUCCGGACGCGCUGGCGGCGGCCAAGAAGCUGUGCACGCUGGCGCAGGGCUACGGCUGCACCGACAGCCUGAGCGCCGUGGUGGUGCAGCUCAACGUGAGCGAGGACUGCUGCUGCUGCUGCUGCCAGCCGCCCAGCCCGGGCCCCGGGCCCUUCGCCCCGCCCCUCAGCGUGGUGAUCCGCGAGCGGCCCACCCCCCACGCCGCCGCCGCCGCCGCAGACGCCCUGCCCAUGCCCUCGUCCUGCAGCGAGAUCAGCAGCGAGGUCUCGGCCUCGGAGAUGAGCAGCGAGGUGGGCUCCACGGCCUCCGACGACCCGCCGCAGGGCGGCCUGCUGCACGAGCCCCACCCAGGGGGCGGGGCCUCGGGCGGGGGCGGAGUCGGGGGCGGGGCCUUCCUGCCCUCGGAGCCGCGCUGCUGCGCGCUGCACGCCGUCUGCCUGGCCGGGUCGUUCCGCCGGCAGCUCUCCAGCGCGCUCUCCGAAAACGGGCUGGACAGCGAGGACGAGGAGCCCAUCGCCGGCGUCUUCUCCAACGGCAGCCGCGUGGAGGUGGAGGUGGACAUCCACUGCCUGCGCGCCCGCGAGCGCGCCCUGGCCUGCCUGCCGCCCCCGCCGCCCCCCACCCCCGAGGCCCCCGACGCGGGGGCGGAGCCCUGCGCCGGCGGAGGCGAGCCGGACGGGGGCUGGGCCGGUGGGGGGUGCGGUCCUCCGCAGGGCCGGGGCGGGGCAGGGGGAGGGGACUGCGGCCGAAACACCGCCACCCUGGGCAGGCGCCGGGGGAACGGCUCGGUGGCCCCGCCCGAGAAGAGCCACAACCUGAUCGAGGUGGCGGCCGACGCCCCCGCCAAAAAGCAAGGGGGCUACUUCGCCGCCCCGGCCCAGCCCGACCCCGACGACCAGUUCAUCAUCCCGCCAGAGCUGGAGGAGGAGGUGAAGGAGCUGAUGAAGCAGCACCAGCAGCAGCAGCAGCAGCAGCAGCAACAGCAGCAGCAGCAGCAGCAGAGAGCGCCCCCUACUGACCAGCCUGCAGACUACUACGACACUCCCCUCUGAGGACUCAGUGCUGCUCCAAAAAGACUUUCCUUCAUGGUUUUUGCGUUAUUUUAUAUAGUUAACAUUCCCUCCCCUCCUCCGAGCUCCAUGCCCCCAAAAGUAAAUUACACUGCAAUUUGUUUUUGUUUUUUUUAAAUUUUAUUUUAUGAGAUCAACACUAGUUUCAUGCAUUACUGCUUACACAAAUUAAGGUUAAUAUAUUUUAAAUUUUACCAUAUCAUUUUAUGACUUAAAGAUUAUGCUGAAAAGCACUUUUUUAAUGCAAAGUCUUUUAUUUGAAAUUAAUUGUAUGUUGGAUGGUACAUAUAAUACCAUGUUUAACUAUUAUAAGUAGAGAAGUUUAAUAUUUCUUCAGUAAAUCAUGGCUUUUGGCCUUUAAAAAGUCAUAGAAAUUUGUAGAAAUUUAAAGACUAACUCCUAGGAGUUGCUUACUCAUUAAUGUGACUUAGUCACUGAAAUGUACUAAUCUUCUCUGAGAGAAAAGGUGAUUUUUUUCAAUGAUUGACUGUAAAUAGGAUAAAUGUUGUAUAGUGAUGCAAUGAAAGGGGGUGUGGUCAGUGGCCAGGUUCAAGGGUCACUGACCCGGAAGCAAUGAGAGCGUCUGGGUCACUAAAGAUGUUUGGCAGUGUUGAGACAGCCACCUGUGUGUGGGAGAACUGUGACUGGUCACCUGGAUGGUCAGAACACGCACACGUGUGCACACACACACACACAUAUACACACGCAUAAACACAUGCAUACACACACGUAUACAGACAGACAUGCAUGUGAACACACACUUACAUACACACAUACAACACACCCAUAAACACAUGCAUACAGAAACACACACACACAGACAAGCAUGGGCACAUACACACACACACACGCACUCAUACACACAUCCAUGUACACAUACAUGUACACACAGACACACACCAUACGUGCACACACACACAGAGUCUUUCUUCAUUCUGUCAUCACCAGCAUGACUGUCAGCUUCAGUUCUGCAAAUAAGAUUCAUCUACAAGGAACACUGUAUCCCAGAAAAACACACAAAAAGUUUCUUUUUAUUAUAAUAAAACCUAAAAUUUACAGAUAAGAAAA